AUGCCAAAAGGACUAUACCAGCUCACCAUGGAUAUCAUGAUGAUGAUCCGGGUGUGUAAGAUGUCCCUCCAAGGCCUGGGGGAAUUCCGGGAAUAUCAAAUCAUUGAGCCUGUUUACAGAAGAAAUCCUGUCUUCUCCUUCUGGAAUAGAAAGAAGCAAGGCCGAAUUAUGUUUGACACCAUGGACUUCAUUGCAGAGGAGGGUCACUUCCCUCCAAAGGCCAUUAAGAUCAUGCAGAAGCCUUCCUGGAGGGAGGAGCAUGAGAUCCAGGUCCUCUGCAACAUCCUGCAGUCUCUGGAUAGCUUCCCAAACUAUGAAGAGCCCCUGCAGCUGCUCUUGGCCAAGGUCAUGUGCUUUGAACGGUUUGGUUGCAGGCAUGUGAUCAUCAGGAAGGGACAGAAGAACAGCAGCUUUUACUUCAUCUACUUAGGGCCAGUCGCAGUGACAGAGGAUGAAGAUGGCAGCAGUGCCUUCAUGGACCCCCACCCGACAUUGCUGCAGAAGGGCAGUUGUUUCGGGGAAAAGGCCCUUCUGAAUGCAUCAGUAAGGUGGGCCACUGUGGUCUGCAUGGAGGAGACAGAGUUCCUGGUUGUUGACAGGGAGGACUUCCUUGCUAAUAAGCUGGAUGAGGAAAUUCAAAAGGAUACUCAAUAUUGAUUUGAGUUGUUUAGGAACAUGGAUCUGUUUCAGUCAUGGUCUGAUGAGAGGCUCUCGCACCUAGUAACCCUGGGCAAGAUAGAGCAAUUCUCAUAUGGGCAGCUGAUCACAAAAGACUUGGCAGAGUCAUCCUGCAUCAUGUUUAUCUGCAAGGGCAGCUUUGAAGUCCUACGGCUGAUAGACCUUGGGACGUCCCCUUACUAUUACAAGUGGAUCUGGCAGCAUCUGGAGUUGAUAGACAACAAACCCCUGAGGGCUCACCUCAAUGAACCAGAUCCUAUGGUGAGAUUUAAGGAAUUCCAGAUCAAAUCAUAUCCUGUACAGGACUUUAGCUCUUUGAAACUUCUGGGUCUCCAGGAAGCCAGGAAGAAACGGGUAACCUUCAGUGGACCAACCAAAACCUCAGGAAAUAGUCUCCCCAGGAUGCUGGGCCCAAAGAUCAUUGGUGAGCUCCUCAAGGAGGCAGCAGUGGGGGCCUACAUGAAAAUCCACACUGUGGAGCAAGGAGAAGUUAUGGGCUUUCACCAGGCCUUCCUCCCAGAGAACCCACGUGACAUGUGACCCUUCAUACUGGUGAGCCUGGGAGCUAAGUUGAUACAGUUUAGGAGAGAAAAUUUUCUUGAAUUGAUUGAUGAUGAGACAAGAACAAAAUUGACAGAGAUGGAGGUUGAAUACCCCAGGUACAGAAGCAUUUGAGAUCCAAGGGUCUUCCAGAAAAAGCAGUGCUUCUUUUAGAUUUCCCCCCAGCACAUCCAAAUGAAGAACUGUUGAGUUCAGGUGACGGCAGAAUAAUUGUGAAGUAUUUGCCAGCGAAUAUCACAAGUCUAAUUCAACCAAUGAGCCAGGGAGUUUUAACCACAGUAAAAAGAUACUAUUGAGCAGGACUUCGCCAGAAGUAUAUGAAGGAAUUGACCCAAAAAAUGUUUUGGAAGAAUUUGACAGUGUUGGAUGCAAUUUAUGAGGUAUCCAGGGCUUGGAACAUGAUAAAAGCAAGUACCAUAACCAAGCCAUGGAGAAAACUUUUCCCUGGCAAUGGAGAAAAUUCGCUUAUGAACAUUGAUGAAGGAGCCAUUUUAGCUGCUAACUUACCAACAGUUUUACAGAAUACAGAAGACUGUGAACACGUUGACAUUGAGAAUAUUGAUCAGUGGUUUGACUCUCGGAGUAAUGACUCAAGCUGUCAGGUGCUGACGGACAGUGAAGGUGCUGAGGACCUUGCCACAGCUGCUGAGCAGAAGCCCCACAAUAAGACUAAAAAAGCAGAACUGAACCCCGAGAAGCAUAUUAGCCAUAAAGCUGCAAUUGAAUGGACUGAAAAUUUACUGAGGUAUCUAGAACAACAAGAUGACAUGCUUCUGACUGGUAAAUUGGUAUUACGGAGGCUUCGGACCAUAAUAAGAAAACAAAAGAUCCAAAAUAACAAAAAUCAUUCACAGUGCUCUCAAAUAUUUCAGUGUGUUUUCAUCUUUGUGACUGUUUAUCUGCAGUGGAACUUACCUUGUUUGAAGUGCUGUGGAUUCUAAGGCCAAAUACAUUUUAUAAAUGAUUUUAGGACUAGAUGCCAUUUUGGAUCACCUAAAUCACAGCUCUUUAAUGUUGAUGCUGGUAACUGAGCAUUAUCAUGUAACUUGUCUGUCUACUGUUUUUAACUAGAUUAUAAGGUACCUAAGGCCAGGGAUCUCUGUUUUGUGCUUGAAUUCCAGUGUCUAAUAAAAGUCCAUGCACAAGAAAGAAAGAAAAGAAAAGAAAGAAAACGGACAGAAAAGCUGCCGAGGAGAGCUCCGGGGUGCAGCCUGUGGGAAGAGGGGAGCAUAUGCAGGAAAAGAAGAUCGAGGGGACCUGGGGGAGUCAGGCGGACGCUGCCGCGGGGAGCACACAGAGAGACGCCCGCGCCGCGGCACCGGGAGAGAAGGGGACCGCGGGGACCUGGCGCCUGGAGGACACGGGAGGAAGGC